UUAUAUCAAAUGUAGAAAUCCCAAUUCUGAAACCCUAUGUUUUCUUCAUUUUUUGAACAUUUGGGUAUUUGGGCAUGUAUGUUAUGCUUCUGAUCUAUUGAUGAAUGUAUAUAUGUGUGUAUGUAUGUAUGAAUGGCUAACAAUAACAAUCAGUCAUCUUCAUAUAACCCGAAUUCUGCCCCUUUUGAAGCCACCACUUCGAAUCCUCAACCGUACCCGCCUCACAAUUCAGCUCCAUAUCCACCAUACCCUUACCCGUAUCCGUAUCCGUAUCCAUAUCCAUACCAACCACAACAACCUUCGGGGGGCGGACCGCAACAAUACGCUCCUCAACCGUUUUUCUAUCAGUAUCCCGGAUACCUAUAUCCCUAUCCUUCUCAACCGAAUGUUAUUUAUGAUAGCGAUGAAAGUGUCCGUAGUGUGACCACUAACCGCCCUUCUGACGCCACUGACCCCCCUUGUAAAGACGAUGAUACGUCGGGUCAUUUUGUAGAUCAAAAAGUGUCUCAUACUCCUUAUUUAGGGCAUCAUCAUAGUGCUUCUUAUCCAAGUGCUGUAACAGGAUUGACUUCUCAUAUGGGAUCACUUGAUUCAACUCAACUUCUUGCUAUACAACAUCACGCGUCUCUAGAUUUAGCGAAUCAUCAAAAUUACCAGAUCGUGCCCUUCGGGGCACCCAAAAAGGCGUUGAAAGUUCUUCUCUUGCAUGGGAAUCUCGACAUUUGGGUUCAUGAGGCGAAGAACCUUCCAAACAUGGAUGUUUUCCAUAAGACAGUGGGGGAUGUUUUGAACAAGUUUUCUGGAAAACAAACUAGUGACCCGUAUGUUGCCGUUGCUAUUACAAGCGCGGUGAUUGGAAGAACUUACGUGCUUACCAACAGUGAAAAUCCCACUUGGAAUCAACAUUUUAGCGUACCUGUCGCACAUCAUACUGCCGAAAUUCAUUUUCUUGUUAAAGAUAGUGAUGUUGUGGGAUCACAACUUAUCGGAGCCGUUGCAAUCCCAGUUGAACAUAUAUACACGGGUUCCAAAAUCGAAGGUCUUUUUCCGUUAAUAAACGCAAGUGGAAGACCGUGUAAAAACGGAGCCAGUUUAGCACUCACAAUGCAAUACAUACCAAUGGCAAGAUUGAGUUUAUACAAGAACGGAAUCGGGGCGGGCCCACAAUACGGCGGUGUUCCGGGAACUUACUUUCCGUUAAGACAAGGCGGGAGAGUUACGUUAUAUCAAGAUGCACACGUGCCGCAUAAAAGCCUCCCGGAGUUUGAGCUAAGUGACAAUAUGCAUUAUGUUAAUGGGACAUGUUGGAUUGAUAUAUUUAACGCGAUUACUGAUGCGAAACGUCUUGUUUAUAUUACCGGAUGGUCUGUAUGGCAUAAAGUGCAACUGGUUCGGGACGAGCCGGAUUCACCAAUGUGUGCAUUGGGAGAUCUUUUGAAAAGCAAAGCGCAAGAAGGUGUUCGGGUUUUGCUUCUUGUUUGGGAUGAUCCUACUUCAAGAAACAUAAUGGGGUACAAAACUGAUGGACUAAUGGCUACCCAUGAUGAAGAAACUCGACGUUUCUUUAAACACUCGCCUGUGCAAGUACUACUUUGCCCUCGUAUGGCUGGAAAAAAACAUAGUUGGGUCAAGAAAAAGGAAGUUGGAACGAUCUAUACGCACCACCAGAAAACCGUGAUUGUCGAUGCUGAUGCUGGAAAUGGUAAAAGAAAGAUUAUAUCUUUCAUAGGGGGACUUGACCUUUGCAAUGGGCGAUACGAUAAUCCACAACAUCCGAUUUUUAGUACUUUAGAUACCCUACAUGCACAGGAUUAUCAUAAUCCGACCUUCACGGGGAGUGUUUCGGGUUGUCCAAGAGAACCAUGGCAUGAUUUGCAUAGCAAAAUCGACGGGCCUGCAGCGUAUGAUAUUAUGACCAACUUUGAGGAACGGUGGGUAAAGGCUUCAAAGCCGCGGGGAAUUAAAAAACUAAAGACUACAACCGAUGCUUUGCUAAAACUAGAAACGUUUCCGGAAAUUCUGGGUCAAAAUGAUAUACCGUGCCUUCUUGACGACGACCCUGAGGAAUGGCAUGUACAGAUAUUCCGUUCGAUUGAUUCGAACUCCGUAAAAGGAUUUCCAAAGGACCCUCAUGAAGCUACAGCCAAGAAUUUGGUUUGUGGGAAGAACGUGCUAAUCGAUAUGAGCAUACAUUCUGCAUACGUAAAAGCUAUCCGUUCUGCACAACAUUUCAUCUAUAUUGAAAAUCAAUACUUUAUCGGGUCGUCGUACAAUUGGAAAUCUUACAAAGACUUGGGUGCCAACAAUUUGAUUCCAAUGGAGAUUGCACUUAAGGUUGCUAGUAAAAUUAGGGCCCACGAAAGAUUUGCGGUAUAUAUUGUCAUACCGAUGUGGCCAGAGGGUGUCCCCACCGGUUCUGCAACUCAAAGGAUUUUAUUUUGGCAGAACAAAACGAUGCAAAUGAUGUAUCAAACUAUCUACAAGGCUUUGGUGGAGGUUGGUCUUGAGGAAGCAUUUUCACCGCAAGAUUAUUUAAAUUUCUUUUGUUUGGGGAACCGUGAGGCCAUCGACGUGGCUGGUGCUUCACCUAACUAUAGUCCCGAUGGUACUCCUCAGGGACUAGCGCGUAAGUACAGGCGAUUCAUGAUCUAUGUUCAUUCGAAAGGAAUGAUAGUGGAUGAUGAGUUUGUACUUAUCGGCUCUGCAAACAUAAAUCAGCGGUCUAUGGAGGGAACUCGUGACACAGAAAUUGCAAUGGGGGCCUACCAACCUCGUCAUACGUGGGCGAAAAAUCUCACCGAUCCACGAGGACAGAUACAUGGAUAUAGAAUGUCGCUUUGGGCCGAGCAUCUUGGCACGGUUCACGAGUGCUUUUUAAAGCCGGAAUCGAUAGAAUGCGUGAGACAGGUUAGAUUCAUGAGUGAAGCGAAUUGGAACCAGUUUGCAGCUGAAGAAAUAACUGAAAUGACAGGUCAUCUGAUGAAAUAUCCUGUUGAAGUUGUUAGAUGCGGUAAAGUAAAAUCUCUCGCUGGAUUUGAAAACUUCCUGGAUGUAGGAGGUCAAAUCAUCGGGUCGUUUCUUGGAAUUCAAGAGAAUUUGACUAUUUGAUAAAAAUGGUUUCUUGAUUUUUGUAAAGAUCAGAGUUCUUGAAUCACAGUUCUUAACAUUCAACAAGGGUUAUGUUGUAUUGCAUAUUUUUAUUACUUAAAUUA